AUCAAGAACCAUGAGGUGCCGUUUAAAAAAGUGCUGCUUCAUGAUUUCCCUACGAGUCGGUUGCAUGAUCAGUGCGCUGAUAUUGGUGUUCUUCGCACUUCUUGCCGUCCCCCUGAGAAGCGCCGAACCCUGCUGCGAUUCCUUUGAAGGAAUCCUCGUAGUUGUAUAUAGAGUUAUUGAUAUAAUGCACUUCGUGGGCUGUCUAAUGCUGUUCGUUGCCUCUUUUUUGAAAACAUCUGCUCUCGUAUUUAUUUUCCUUGUCAUGAGCUGUAUACACAUUUUGCUUUCUCCAGCUUUUUUGGUGGCCGAAAUUAUGGUUUGGAAUGCAGAUAUCAUUGAUAUAGUCCUGGCCAUCUGUGGUCUUCUUCUAAGCAUUUACUUCUGGAUAGUGGCGUACGCUUUUUAUCACAAAUGCAAGGAGGAGAUUGUCGCUGAUGUGAACCUUGUACCCACUUUUCGGAAAAAAGGAUCAAUAGUAUCAAUAGUUUAGUUUACUUAAAAAUACUUUGAGAUGCAACUUUAACCAAAAUUAUAAGCAAAUAAUGUAUACAGCUACUUAUUGGAUUACUGGAUGAUUUGAAGCCCA